AUGUUUUAGAAAGUACUUUCUUUUUUAAAGAACGCGAUUUAAUUUUAAAUGAUGAAGUUGAUGAUAAUAAAAUUGACAAUAAAACUAAUAAUGAAACUGAAGAAGAAUUGAGUAAAGAAUUGGAUGAAGAAUUUGGUGAAGAAUUAGGUGAUAAAUUGGGUGAAGAAUUAGAUUAUGAAGCAGAAGCAUUAGAUAAGGUCUAUUAUUAA